GCUGCAGAAGAUGUCAAUGUCACCUUUGAAGAUCAACAGAAAAUUAACAAGUUUGCAAGAAACACCAGCAGGAUCACAGAGCUGAAAGAAGAAAUAGAAGUGAAAAAGAAGCAGCUGCAGAACCUGGAGGAUGCCUGUGAUGACAUCAUGCUGCUGGAUGAUGCUGACUCCCACCUGAUUCCCUACCAGAUCGGGGAUGUCUUCAUCAGUCACUCCCUGGAGGAGACUCAGGAGAUGCUGGAGGAGGCCAAGAGGAGUUUACAGGAGGAAAUUGAGGCGCUGGAGUCCCGAGUGGAGUCCAUCCAGAGCGUGCUGUCUGACCUCAAAGUCCAGCUCUAUGCAAAGUUUGGGAAUAACAUAAACCUGGAGGCUGAGGACAGUUAAAGCUUUUCUAAACACAACACCCAACCUUUCCUUAGGUUAUUAAUGUUUUGAUAACAUUGCUGCAAUUAUAUUUGAGAACAGAAAAUCCAUCCCUUUCUUUUUGUUGGUUGUUUUUUUUUUUUAUAUACUUCCUGUAAAGUUCUGUAUAUUUAAUAAGAACUUUCUUAUUUUGGUUAUUGCAGUUAUUUAUUUAUAUAUAUCAGGAAAACACUGACUUCACAUUGCUGGUAAAGCAUCAGUAUUGGAAUAUCUGCAUUGUUUAUUAAGGCAAUAAAGCCAGGCAUGUAUUGGA